AUGGGCGACGUCGCGUACGGAGCGUGCUGCAUUGAUGACUUUACUGCUCGUGCUUUGGGGGCUGAUCUCUUAGUGCAUUACGGACACAGUUGUUUGGUGCCUUUGGAAUCUCCUUCCGUUCUUAUCGACAUCGACUUGGUCCAUUUUGUGGAAAGCGUCAAAGUUAAUUUUGAAAAAGACUUGAGAAUUGCACUCGUUUCAACUAUACAGUUUGUCACGAGCCUUCAGGUGGCGAAUUCUUCAUUGCGUGAAAUCGGUCACAAAUCUUUUAUUCCUCAGAUAUCUCCUUUAUCUCCCGGCGAGAUUCUAGGAUGCACAUCACCUAAGGCACGUGUAUUGUUUUUUAUCAGAAAUGUGUAUCAUUUUGUUUCGUGGGAAUACAAACUUAUCAAGUGUCAGAUUAGCUAA